GUGGAAAUUGCGCCUCAACGAUGUCAUGGCAAUCGGUUAGACAAAAGUCCCCAAGAGCGUUCCCAUCAUGUCUCACAAUCUGGCUCUCUUCUUCCACAUCCUUGAUACCAGGCCAUUAGCCAACACUCGCCGAAACAAGCUCGCGCAAUGCGCGCCGAAAUACGAAGUACCGAUUGUCCAAACGGAGGAGUCUUCUACAGCUGUAGUAAUGGGUUUCGUGGAUGUUGUCUGGAAGACCCGUGUAUGCCGAACGGUGGCUGUCCCAAGGAGAAAGAUCGUACUCCUAACAACUCUUUGAGUGCAAACCCUGUACUGUCAGUGCCUUCAACUCGCAGCUUCUCACGACCAGAUUCUAUGUCAAGUUCGUCGGCAUCUGGAUCUCGAACAAAAGACGCAGUAACAACAUCAGCACCACCAUUGGAGACCAUCGCUUCGUUAUCUGCAGGGCAAACAGUAUUUGUCACCAUCACCCAUGACCCGUUAGAGACGUCCAAAUCGUCGACAGUCACCCCGGAACCUGAUACACGCGCUCAACACGGACAUUCCAUUCCUAUAGCGGCAAUCGUUGGUCCCGUCGUAGGCGUCGUCGUUUUGAUUGCCACAGCGUUGUUGAUUUUCUUUUGUCUACGGCGGAGGAAGCGUACGAAAAUGCGCAGAGCAGCGACAUUCCCUUCUCCAUACGUUGGCAGCGACAUGUCGAAGCAACUCCACAACAGUGUAUUACCACAGCAGGAGGAGGAAGAGAGAAAACCACAACAUAAGACAAUUUUUAGUACCAGUCAACCACAGCCGCAGCAACUUGACAGCAGAGAGGUUGUUCCCGCAGCUGAAUUGGGCGAAUCACCAAUCCGACACAUUGCAGAGCUUCCUGCUAAUUCGAUCACUCCAAUACAUCUUUAGCCGACGGAGUACCUUGUUCCAAUUUAAGGUCAGUAUGCACUUGGAAAAGCCCU